AUGCGACUCAAGAUUCCCGCACCAGUUCAGACGUGGUUUAAUACACUCGGUACCUCGUCUAAGCGGCGUCUCUUAGCAGAAGAUGAGCCACACACACCAUCCACUGCUGUUGCUGCUCCUCUUGUUAUAGAAUCCCUUCAAAAUCUCUGCUAUGAGAUAUUUGCCCUCCCAGUCUGCACUGCGGAUUCUGUAAGUAUAGCUCAGACUAUAUGUGGACACAUCUAUAGCCUUGCUCAAAGCAAUGAUCCAUCUCUCCAUCUUCUUGUUUUGGAUUUGCUGCCCACCCUCGUACAUGUCUAUCUCGUUCUGUCAACAACCCUCUCAUGUGAAAUCGGUAAUUUCAAGACCAAUCAUCGGGCAUCCCGGAAGUCGCAUACUAGGCAUAAACAUUCCAUCGCUGUAAAUUGCUCUGGGGCACACUCACUUACUACUGAAACACCUCUCUCAGGAGUUCCUUCUUCUGGCGUUCAGACCCAGACGUCCUUUCGAAGUCGUCUCAAAAAGUCCUCUAUAGCCUCGAUGGAAGCGCUACGUCUCAGCAAGUCGAUGCGUCAGCGUACCCAUCGCCUUCUCAAGGGUCUCAAUCCUGAUGCUUCCAGCAACGUCUCAAACAUCAAUGACUCACCACCACCACCCCAGAAGCACCAGCUGCAAUAUUCCUCUUCUAUCGAUUCCUCUCUUACAGCAAAAUCUUCCCUCCAUUUUCCCUCCUCUUUCGAUUACGUGAAGUACAUGGAGACAAUUGGGACACACAUGACCAAUCUGGCAGCGGUGUUGGAAGCCCUUCUUCUGGGCCUCUACAACACUUUUGCCCGGAAUCAGAUAGCACCUAGUGUCUACUCUGCCCUACCCCCUCUUUCAAGCAGAUCGGUGUUUUGCGGGCCUUUGAAUGUACGUGGUAAGAGAGAGGAACAGGAUGGAGAACUUGUGGAAGCACUCCUUCAACUCUUCUCUAACAGAGAUCCUUCCAGCUUGUUAAUCAGGGGAAAGAAGGACACCACGAAUGGGUCCUUUGCUGUGACAGGCGAGGAGGUGGAAUUAACACCUUGCAAUCGAUGGCGGAUACUGCGUCUCCUCUGUCGUCUCUGUAGCGAGAGGAUCGGGGACUUGACGGAACGGGGUCGUGCAGCACUCUGUCAUCUCGCUCUCCUUCUCGGCCCCUAUGGACUGCGAGAACACCGUCUCCCUCCGAGUCCUCUUUCUUCCGUUGCAAACAGUGACACCCUGCGAAAUCAAUAUCAAUAUUCUACUUCCAUUCACCACCAUGGCGGACGAAAAUCGCGGUGGCAAGGGUUCCCGAAGACCCAGAUUCAUAAUCGUAAUCGACGGGGAGAAAGAGUGAUGAGAAUGUCCACUCCAGUGGACGAUUCAUCUCGCCAUAAGCAUGGAAGAAUAGGGGGUGGUGGUCGAAUUGAUUUGGCAAAAAUCACAGCUCCUUUGAAGAGGGGGAAACUCUCUGUCAUAGGUUCGAAAGUGAAGCCACCUCCAGAGGUCAAUAUUAUUGGUCCUCAAAACGAUCCUACCGAUAAUAGCAUCACUGGCCUUGAGAACUCCAUGACGGCAUUGACAGUAGCGGCACUACCGAGUGAGGAGGCAGAAGAUGACGAUUCGAGAGUGGUGGACGAAUUGUUGUUGGGUCUUGAAGACGAAGAUAGUGAAAUUGUCGUUAAAGGACAAGCUGCCUCUCGAAUUAGUCCCACGGCGUCACCAUUCAUACCUCAAGGUGCAAGCAGCAGUUAUACCGGCAGUAGCUCCGAGAUGAGCAGCAGCUCCAUCAUCAGCGUCAGUGAAGAUGACGAUUUGCUUCACUCCUCACUUUCCACUUCCCAUUCCUCUUCAUCAUCCUCCUCCUCCUCCCGCUCAUUCUCCCCUUCCAAUGAAACAGCGGGUCAAGAGGAGGCCGCAGACCUCCUUAAAGCGUUCGGUGCCCUCAAUGUGGUCGAGGAGGAGGAAACUUUCGAUGACAAAGAAGCUGCGGAUCAAUUCAGUGAUGAAUAUCCCAUGAAAGCAAGUGGACGACAGAGGCGCAAUAAGGAGGGCAAAGACGAAGAGUCAGAGAAUAGUCGGAGCACUAAAAACGGAACGACCACACUGAAUGAAUUCAGAGCUAUUCCUGGUCGCGCAAUCCCUAUUGAAAGCGAUGUGGGCGAUGGGCUAGAUUCAGUUAGAAGUAUCGUUGGUGCCUCCGUCAAUUCCUUGAACGAAAAAUUAUCCAUCCCUCUGAAAGAGAAGGUUACCAAGACUACACGGGGAGGUGAAAUUGAGGAGAGGAAAAAAAGGCAGAAAUCGAAACGGAAGCAUUUUCAUUUAGCUGCUGCUGGCAGUGAUAAUAAGUCUUCUGGUAUUGUCGGGGUGUCAGUCGCGACUGCUCGUAUUCCGCAUCUACCACCCUACUUGGUGCUUGAAUUGCUUCCCGGUCUCCACUUCCUCCUCUGCACCGUCCAAUCGCAUCUCGCAGUCUCCGCUAUUCGUGCUCUCGCUCAACGUGCUAAUCUUGAACUCUGGUCUAAUGUUUUGCUAUACACGAAUAGUAUCUGCAAUAGCAAGCUCUACUGCGACGUGACUGACAAAACUAAAACUUCACAUCUCAAUGGACAUGGCUCGGGUCAAGUUGAGUCCAUGAUUGAUCAGUCAAAUUCCACCGUAGGUGGAUAUGCUUUGUCUCCCUCUGGGUCGGUUGUCUCCUCGGGUUCAUCUCACGCCUCUUUAACGCUUCUCCGACAUGAUAGAGAAGAGUUGAUGGACCACCACCAGACAACUGAAACCUCAGCGUUGAAUCGAUCUCAUAGGAAGGAACCAAUCACAAAUGCCUCGUUUCAAGUUGUAAGGCCCGAAGAAGACAUUCCAUUGGUGAUUGACAAGCCGAACCAAAUCAAACGCACCUCCUUGUCAGUGGAGAUGGAUGCACGAAAGAGACCGAAAAGUCAAUCGCCUCGACAUCAGUCCAUCACCCCGGUGGCAUCUUCAGCAUUGGAAUGUGUGUCGGAGAUACCACGAGGAGUUCGUGCUCUUCAUUGUGGAGGUCUCUGUGGAUCUGGAAAGACCUCCCGACGCCAUCGAACGUUGUCUUUCAACCCUCACCUGUGCAGUGCACUGAAAACUGGAAGUCCGAAGGGUCCAAAUAAUCUGAAGGUCACUUUCAUGGAAGAUGAUCGAUCAAAGAAGGAGGAAGCUAAUCGUGCGGUUGCCUCGGAAUCGCUUCAUUCGGUCUAA